UUCCUUCCUAAUUCCGUGGUAGUGUAGUGAAAUUAAUUAGAAUAAGAAAACCGUCGUAGUCAGGAUGCGACAUCGUUUAACCCGCUUCGUGUAAAGUGCUACCACCAACAACACCACCACACAACGCACGCCCUCGCUGAAAUUCUGUUUGUGCCUUCACCAGAAUCAUCACCCCCCUUUACUACUCUUUUAACUCAUUACUCUCUAGUUUCCACCAUCACCACCCACUCCUUUCUAGUACUAACGCUUUUCCUUCUUUUUCUAUUCAAACUCUCUCCACAAACACAAACGCACCCUCACCCUUUCUCUCUCUAACAUGGACCACCAGUACCGCCACGUCAUCAGUGCCGGAGCCAGCGAUCCCAUGCUCCGGACCUCCACUCUACGCACCACCACCUUCUCCUUCCCCCUAGCUCGCUACACCACCCGCCUCAUCGCAGCCGACCGCCGCCGCAUGCUCCUCGCCGACUGCGCUGACCGCCGAUCCGACGACGGCCUCGACGCUUCCGACGAUGACGAUGGCGGAGGAUGCGCGUACUCCAGGCCCGUCCUCGUGUUGGACUUGGUGUGGAACCUGGCUUUCGUCGUCGUGGCUGCCGGCGUGCUCCUCUCCACGCUCCGGGAGCGGCCAGCGACGCCGCUGAGGCUGUGGCUCUGUGGCUACGCGUUCGAGUGCGUGCUCCAUAUUUGCUUCGUGUUCUUCGAGUAUCGCAGGAGAAUCGGGGAUCCUUCGCUGUCUCAGAGUCCGUACAGCAUCCUGAAGAGGUUAGAGCCGGUGAACACUCUGGCAUCAUCUGUCUGGUGGGUGUUUGGAUUUUAUUGGAUUGUUGUGGGCGGCCAAGCACUACUGGAAGAUUCUCCGCAACUUUACUGGUUAACAGUGGUGUUUCUAGCCUUUGAUGUAUUUUUUAUUAUCUUUUGCAUUGGGAUGGCAUGUAUAAUUUUCUUUGCCCUCUUUUGCCUUAUCCCAAUAAUAGCAUUAGCUUAUGCUAUAAGAAUCAGGGAAGGUGCAUCAGAAGAGGAUAUUAGGUCACUUCCUAAGUAUAGGUUUGGCCAAUCAAAUUUGUUAGUGUUGGUUGAUGACAAGAAGAAGCAAAUUGUAAAAGCAGAAUCGGAUUCAUACAAUGAAAAUCAUAUCAGUGAACUUUUUCUCGAACCAGAUGAUUCUGUGAGUACAUCUUUUCAGGAAUGCUGCAUCUGCCUAUCCCCCUAUGUUGAUGGAGCAGAACUGUAUCGCCUCCCCUGUACCCAUCAUUUCCACUGUGGAUGCAUCAGCCGCUGGCUCCGGACAAAAGCAACUUGCCCGCUCUGCAAAUUCAAUAUCCUUAGAGGCGAUACGUUAGUCUAACUCCUUGAAAAUAAAAGAUUGGAGGAGAAACAUAGGUUGCAUGAACAGCCGGAAAAGACAUUAUACGAAGAACCCAAGGA